AUGCCUCGCACGCGAACGAAAUACAUCUGGCCGCCGCCUAUGCUGGCCGAUGACAACAACGCUACAUCUGCGAGUACUCCUACGAUUAGUAACGCGGCCACGAAUGAACCACGAGCGAAAAAACCGAGAUUAGAGUCCGCCUCGACGGCGAGAAAAUCAACAGCAAGCGGACGGAACACUCCUGCUCGUCAAAAUCAAGAGCCUAGUCAGGGUCAGGCUGAAGGGAAAGCAGACUAUUGGGAUCCGGAUUCGGGUGUCGCACCGCCGUCCCAGGAAGCCAUCUUUGCUGCGUAUGCGCGCAUUCCCAUGCAUACACAGAUUAAGCGAUAUCGUGAAUGGCGGCGUUUCGGUUCAGUCCACGACGACUAUUGCAUGAAGUGCCGCAAAGCCGGGCCUAAGACUCUGGUUCCUUGCAACACAUGCAGCAAGUGUUUCCACGACGAAUGUACACCACCUGGUUCACUAUACAACGAGAGGAGACAGUGGUUUUGUGCGCUCUGCGUCCAUCGCAAUUGGCAUGAACAACCGCCGACUCUGACACCGCCCGCUUCACCUUCUCCAGAACCCGCCAACAACGCUAUUGACCAAAGAUCGUCGGAAAAUAAUACAGACCAAAGGAAUAACAGGAAUAUGGCAGACCAACAGGGAAAUGUACCAUCAACUGGAAAUUCGCAAGCCCUAUCCAUACUAGCCGAAAUAUCCCGCUCAAUGUCUCGUGGAGAAACACGACACACACCAAACCUCCCACCGCAACCGCAUCGAUUCUCAGAUGUAUCCUCGCCAUACUCACCAAACCCUUCUUCAAUUACACUACCAUCGAUAUCCACACGACCCCACGAGUUCGGCUUACCACCACCACCAGCGCCCUCCCCUUCCGCAUACGGCGGCAACUCAAUCCUAGACUCUCACGCCCGCAAAUCCAAAUUCGCAACCCUUUCCUCCGAAGUAGAUUCCGCCCUCUGGGUUCUCUACCGCGAACUCGAGAGCGUAACAUCCCUACGCCAACAAAUCGGCGAACUCGAAUCCGAAAUCGUAAAACUGCGACAGGACGUUAGUAUUAGAGACAACCAACUCAUUCUUUCGCGGAGAUCCAUGUCGUCGGCGCACAAUAAUACUAAUACCGGCAUGCCAGGCGGUAUAUCGCAGGCUGAGAUUGAUCGGCUGCGUGUUCAAGCUGCCAAAGUCGAGGAACUGACGAGACAAGCUGAGUCUAUGCGUGCCAAGAAUGAGGCGUUGGAGAAGGAGUUGAAGGAUGCAAAGGCUGAGUCGGCGGCGAAGGAUGAGAUGUUGAAUGAGUGGAAGGGGCGAUUGGUGAGUUUGAUCGGGAAUUAA